UGCCUGACCGGGCGCCGAUCCCAGUGGGUGCUGCGGGGGGCGGAGGUGGUGCUGACGUGCCAGGUGGGGGGUCUCCCCGAGCCCACGCUGUACUGGGAGAAGGACGGGAUGGCCCUGGACGAAGUGUGGGACAGCAGCCACUUCGCGCUCGAGCCGGGCCGCGCCGAGGGCGGCCAGGGCGCUAGCCUGGCGCUGCGCAUCCUGGCGGCACGGCUGCCCGACUCGGGCGUCUACGUGUGCCACGCCCGCAACGCGCACGGCCACGCGCAGGCCGGCGCUCUGCUCCAGGUGCACCAGCCCCCCGAGAGCCCGCCCGAAGACCCCGACGAGGCUCCUCAGCCAGUGGUGGACCCGCUCAAGUGCUCACCCAAGACCUUCUGGGUGAACGAAGGCAAGCACGCCAAGUUCCGCUGCUACGUGAUGGGCAAGCCCGAGCCUGAGAUCGAAUGGCACUGGGAGGGCCGGCCGCUGCUCCCGGACCCACGCCGCCUCAUGUACCGCGACCGCGACGGCGGCUUUGUGCUCAAGGUGCUCUACUGCCAGGCCAAGGACCGCGGGCUCUACGUCUGCGCGGCGCGCAACUCCGCGGGCCAGACGCUCAGUGCCGUGCAGCUGCACGUCAAAGAACCACGCCUCCGCUUCACCAGACCCCUGCAGGACGUGGAGGGCCGGGAGCAUGGGAUUGCUGUGCUGGAGUGUAAAGUACCCAACUCCCGCAUCCCCACAGCCUGGUUCCGUGAGGACCAACGGCUGCUGCCUUGCCGCAAGUAUGAGCAGAUCGAGGAGGGCACUGUCCGGCGCCUCAUCAUCCACAGGCUGAAGGCGGACGAUGACGGCGUCUACCUGUGCGAGAUGCGGGGCCGGGUGCGCACCGUGGCCAACGUGACAGUCAAAGGGCCCAUCUUGAAGCGGCUGCCCCGGAAGCUCGACGUCCUGGAGGGAGAGAACGCGGUGCUGCUGGUGGAGACCCGGGAGGCUGGGGUCGAGGGGCACUGGAGCCGCGAUGGGGAAGAGCUGCCGGCCACCUGCCAGAGCAGCUCGGGCCACAUGCAUGCCCUGGUCCUGCCUGGGGUCACCCGAGAAGAUGCUGGCGAGGUCACCUUUAGCCUGGGCAACUCCCGUACCACCACUCUGCUCAGAGUCAAAUGCGUCAAGCAUAAUCCCCCGGGACCCCCCGUGCUAGCAGAGAUGUUCAAGGGCCACAAGAACACGGUCUUGCUGACCUGGAAGCCUCCUGAGCCAGCCCCCGAGACACCCUUCAUCUACCGGCUGGAGCGGCAGGAGGUGGGUUCUGAGGACUGGAUCCAGUGCUUCAGCAUUGAGAAAGCUGGAGCCGUGGAGGUGCCCGGGGACUGUGUGCCCUCUGAGGGCGACUACCGCUUCCGCAUCUGCACAGUCAGCGAGCAUGGCCGCAGCCCCCACGUUGUGUUCCACGGCUCUGCUCACCUCGUGCCCACAGCUCGCCUGGUAGCUGGUCUGGAGGAUGUGCAGGUGUACGACGGGGAAGAUGCUGUCUUCUCUUUGGAUCUCUCCACCAUCAUCCAGGGCACCUGGUUCCUUAAUGGAGAAGAGCUCAAGAGUAGUGAGCCGGAGGGCCAGGUGGAGCCCGGGACCCUGCGGUACCGUGUGGAACAGAAGGGCUUGCAGCACAGGCUUAUUCUGCAAGCCGUCAAGCACCAGGACAGUGGGGCCCUGGUGGGCUUCAGCUGCCCCGGCGUGCAGGACUCAGCUGCCCUCACCAUCCAAGAGAGCCCUGUGCACAUCCUGAGCCCCCAGGACAAGGUGUCAUUGACUUUCACGACCUCAGAGCGGGUGCUGCUGAUCUGUGAGCUCUCGCGGGUAGACUUCCCGGCGACCUGGUACAAGGAUGGCCAGCAGGUGGAGGAGAGCGAGUCACUGGUGGUGAAGACGGAUGGGCGCAAACACCGCCUGAUCCUGCCCGAAGCUCAAGUCCAAGACAGUGGCGAGUUUGAGUGCAGGACGGAAGGGGUCUCGGCCUUCUUCAGUGUCACUGUCCGAGACCCCCCAGUGCACAUCGUGGACCCCCAGGAGCACGUGUUCGUACAUGCCAUCACCUCCGAGUGUGUCGUGCUGACCUGUGAGGUGGACCGAGAGGACGCCCCCGUGCGCUGGUACAAGGACGGGCAGGAAGUGGAGGACAACGAGUUCAUGGUGCUGGAGAACGAAGGGCCCCAUCGCCGGCUGGUGCUGCCUGCCGCCCAGCCCCAUGACGGGGGCGAGUUUCAGUGUGUUGCUGGAGAGGAGCGUGCCUACUUCACCCUCACCAUCACAGAUGUCUCCUCCUGGAUCGUUUACCCCAGCGGCAAGGUGUAUGUGGCAGCCGUUCGCCUGGAGCGCGUGGUGCUGACCUGCGAGCUGUGCAGGCCCUGGGCCGAGGUGCGCUGGACCAAAGACGGGGAGGAGGUGGUGGAGAGCGCGGCGCUUCUCCUGCAGAAGGAAGAUACCGUCCGCCGCCUGGUGCUGCCCGCAGUCCAGCUUGAGGACUCCGGCGAGUACUUGUGUGAAAUUGAUGACGAGUCGGCCUCCUUCACUGUCACUGUCACAGAGCCCCCGGUACGGAUCAUAUACCCCCGGGAUGAGGUGACCCUGGUCGCCGUGAGCUUGGAGUGUGUGGUGCUGCUGUGUGAGCUGUCCCGGGAGGACGCCGCCGUGCGCUGGUACAAGGAUGGGCUGGAGGUGGAGGAGAGCGAAGCCCUGGUGCUGGAGAGCGAUGGGCCCCGUCGCCGCCUGGUGCUACCCGCUGCCCAGCCUGAGGACGGAGGCGAGUUCGUAUGUGACGCUGGAGAUGACUCGGCCUUCUUCACUGUCACUGUCACAGCCCCGCCAGAGAGGAUUGUGCACCCAGUGGCCCGCUCCCUGGAUCUGCAGUUUGGGGCCCCAGGGCGUGUGGAGCUGCGCUGUGAGGUGGCUCCAGCUGGGUCCCAGGUGCGCUGGUACAAAGAUGGGCUGGAGGUGGAGGCGUCAGAUGCCCUGCAGCUGGGCGCCGAGGGAUCCGUCCGCACUCUGACCCUGACCCACGCCCAGCCUGACGACGCCGGGGAGUAUGUGUGUGAGACCCGUGAUGAGGCCGUCACCUUCAAUGUCAGCCUGGCCGAGCCACCAGUGCAGUUCCUCGCCCCAGAGGCAGCCCCCAGCCCACUCUGUGUGGCUCCUCGCGAGCCCCCAGUGGUGCUGAGCUGUGAACUGUCCCGGGCCAACGCCCCUGUGUUCUGGAGCCACAAUGGGAAGCCCUUGCAGGAGGGUGAAGGCCUGGAGCUCCAAGCUGAGGGCCCCCGCCGUGUCCUCUGCAUCCGGGCUGCAGACCCAGCCCACGCAGGCCUCUACACCUGCCAGUCUGGGGCAGCCCCUGGGGCCCCGAACCUCAGCUUCACCGUCCAAGUGGCUGAGCCCCCCGUGCGGGUGGUGGCCCCCGAGGCAGCCCAGACGAGGGUUCGAAGCACCCCAGGCGGGGACCUAGAGCUGGUGGUGUACCUCUCCGGGCCGGGGGGCCCUGUGCGCUGGUACAAGGACGGGGAGCGACUGGCGAGCCAGGGGCGGGUGCAGCUGCAGCAGGCCGGGGCAAGGCAGGUGCUGCGGGUGCGGGGGGCACGGAAACCGCCACCGGUGAAGCUGGUCUCGGAGCUGAUACCACUAACCGUCCACGAGGGUGACGAUGCCACAUUCCGGUGUGAAGUCUCCCCACCAGAUGCCGACGUCACCUGGCUACGUAACGGGGUUGUGGUUGCUCCGGGGCCACACCUGGAGGUAGCCCAGAGUGGUUCAAGCCGCGUGCUGACCGUGCGAGGCUGCAGGCUAGAGGACGCCGGGACGGUGACUGCACGGGCCGGGAGCACCACCUCCAGUGCCCGGCUCCACGUCCGAGAGACGGAGCUGCUGUUCCUGCGGCGGCUGCAGGACGUGCGGGCAGAGGAAGGCCAGGAUGUGUGCUUCGAAGUGGAGACAGGCAGAGUGGGCGCAGCAGGGGCCGUGCACUGGCUACGAGGCGGGGAGCCCCUGCCCUUCAACUCUCGCCUAUCCAUGGCCCAGGAGGGUCACGUCCACCGCCUCUGCAUCCGCAGUGUGGAACUGGCCGAUCAGGGCACCUACGGCUGUGAGAGCCACCAUGACCGCACCCUGGCCAGGCUCUGCGUGAGGCCGAGGCAGCUGAGGGCACUGCGGCCUCUGGAGGAUGUGACCGUCAGCGAGGGGGGCAGCGCCACCUUCCAGCUGGAGCUGUCCCAGGAGGGUGUAAGCGGGGAAUGGGCCCGUGGUGGAGUCCGGCUGCAGCCGGGGCCCAAGUGCCACAUCCAUGCAGAGGGCCACACUCACCGUCUGGUCCUCAGUGACCUGGGCUUGGCCGACUCGGGCUGCGUCUCCUUCACGGCGGACUCCCUGCGCUGUGCAGCCAGACUCACUGUGAGAGAAGUCCCAGUGACCAUUGUGCAGGGGCCCCAGGACCUAGAGGUGACCGAGGGUGACACAGCUGUGUUCGAGUGCGAGCUUUCCCAGGCCUUGGCUGAUGUGAACUGGGAGAAGGACGGGCGCGCGCUCAGCCCCAGCCCUCGGAUCCGGCUCCAGGCCCUCGGCAAGCGCCGUCUUCUCCAGCUGCGGCGCUGCGGACCCUCGGAUGCCGGAACCUACAGCUGCGCGGUGGGGACCGCCCGCGCCAGGCCCGUCCGCCUGACCGUGUGUGAGCGCUUGGUGUCGAUGCUUUCCGAGCUCCGGCCGGUGCGCGUCCGCGAAGGCGAGGGCGCCACGUUCGAGUGUACGGUGUCGGAAGCCGAGACCACUGGGCGCUGGGAGCUCGGAGGCCGCCCGCUUAGACCCGGAAGCCGAGUCCGCAUCCGACAGGAAGGGAAGAAACACAUUCUGGUGCUGAGCGAGCUGCGCGCCGAGGACGCCGGUGAAGUCCGCUUCCAGGCGGGACCCGCCCAGUCCUCGGCUCUGCUGGAGGUGGAGGCAUUGCCUCUCCAGAUGUGCCGCCGCCCCCCUCGCGAAAAGACGGUUCUGGCCGGCCGCCGGGCGGUGCUAGAGGUGACUGUGUCCCGCUCGGGGGGACACGUGUGCUGGUUGCGGGAGGAGGUCGAGCUGUGCCCUGGAGAGAAGUAUGAGAUGCGCAGCCAUGGCCCCACCCACAGCCUGGUCAUCCAUGACGUGCGGCCUGAGGACCAGGGUACCUACUGCUGCCAGGCCGGCCAGGACAGCGCCCACACACGGCUGCUGGUAGAAGCUGGAGUCCAAGACCCCACCCCGGGGGCGGGGCCCUCUCAGUGACACGUCGGACAGCUGCGGCAGCGGCCGAGGC